AUGGAAAAUGAGUUACAGAGAAGUGUUUCAGAAUCUAAAACUGCUUUAUGGGAUGAGGACGAGGACGACAAGAUCAAGUUUUGUCAAAGAUAUCAAAGAGAAGAGGCCAAGAUCCAAGCAUGGGUGAAUCUCCAGGAUGCUAAAGCCGAAGCUCAGUCUAGGAAACUCGAGGUGAAAAUACAAAAGAUGAGAUCAAAUUUAGAGGAAACAUUGAUGAAGAGAAUGGAUACAGUGCACCGGAGAGCGGAGGAGUGGAGAGCUACGGCGAGGCAACAACAUGCUGAGCAGUUGAAGAGGGCAGCAGAGACGGCGAGGAAGUUAACAAACCGCCGUGGCUAUUUGGUUUCCGGACGUAGCUCAUGCGGUUGUCUUCCUUGUAAUAGUAGUAGUUCUUGUCACUAA